UGAAUGGCCCCAUAGUGUAUAACUUUUAAAACGAACAGCUGUACAGAAGCUCGAAAACAACACGUUUUGAUAAACGUUUAUACCAGACGGAACUGGAAAAAACCAGUUUUAAAAUAAUAUACGCUAAGCUCUGGGAACGAGGCUGUUCUACACAAUCUCGUACCCAGGUUUUUCCUUCGUAGAGGAAAAAAUCCUGGGCGGGCAUGUACCCGGGGUCCGAGGUUGUGUGGACAUAGGGAUCAUUCCCCGGUAUUUGAGGUCAAAGUUUGUUUUCCAGGGUGGUUUCAUUGGACGAAGGAAUCGUACGAUGCCAUCAAACAGGGGUUCUAGCUUUUUGUACUUCUUCAAUAUCAACAAAUAAACGAAUAAUAUCUUUAACGUGAUCAUUUUACUGUUUAUUUGCAAAAAAUGUGGAAUAAAUUGGGCGACAAGGAAUUGAUUGUUCAAUUUCAACGGUUUUGCGGUCUGCGAUGGAAGACGCCGAUGGUUGAUAAUGAAUCGAAAAACAUUCACUAUGAUUUUGAGAUUGCAAACCCUGACAAAAAUUUAGAAAAUGGCAAUAAUCUCGAGAAAUCUAAUACUCAACAAAGUGAUUUCGAGUACAAUGCAAUGGUCCAUGUGUUCUUUUAUUUAUGCUCGGCUCUUGGCGAUGAACAAGUUCUGAUAGCGCUAUUGUCAUUUAUUUUGUGGAAUUUUGAUCCUAAAGCUGUGAUUAGGGCAUAUAUGACAUUGACAAUAUCUCUCUAUUUUGGCCAGGGGGCAAAAGACACUUUCCUAGCCCCACGGCCCCCCUCACCUCCAGUCAUAAGGGUAGAAAAAAAGUAUGCAGAGGAAUAUUCCACGCCGUCAACUCAUGCCAUGAUUGGAUUGGUCGUUCCAUUUUCAUUGGUUUACUUCACUUAUGGAAAUUUUCAGUACAACAUUCACUUGGCGUUGUUCAUAGCAGCAGUUUAUUCCUCAAUGGUUGCAGCAAGCAGAGUUUAUCUUGGAAUGCACUAUGUCAAGGAUGUGAUUUAUGGGCUACUUUUUGAGAUCAUGAUCAUGUUGGUUGUAUUUCCAAUUCUGAAAGAUCUGCCAUUAGAAACUUGGUGUCGAACAUCUCCAAACAUCCUCACCCUCGUUGUUGUCUGUCCAAUUAUGCUGCUGUACCUGUAUCCAACAUCAACACCAAUUUCAUACAACACUUACUCUGAUACAGCAUUAGUAUUGGGUUGUGCUGCCGGUGCAUUAAUAGGACUCAGGUUUUCUGCAAACAACGACCAGCUUAUGUCAGAGUUUCUUCUAACAGCUCUGCAGAUGACAAGUUUCAAGCUAACCAUGUUGUAUAUACUCCGGUUCGUGGUUGGGACGAUGAUUUUGGCGUUGACCCGAAUUGCAUCAAAAUGGUGUGUUACAUCAUGUCUCACCAUGAUGCUUCCAAGUUACAGAACAACAAAACCAUUGAAUUACAAGCGCCAUGUUGAAGUGCCGCACAAGUUGAUCACGUAUGGAUUGGUGUCAUUCAAUGCUGUCUACCUUGCUCCACAAUUUUUUAAAUAUUGUGGCCUCAACUAAUAUUAAUUUUGAUCAAAGAUCAUGUUACAAAUGUCUUAUCCUGUUGUCUAUUUAUACUUGAUUGUUCAUUGUUGACUUUUCAAAAAUGUUAUAAACAAAAAAAUUUCAUAUUCUCAUGCGGAAUGCAUUAGCUAUAUAUAAUUAUGACUAUAUUGAAGACACAAAUUAUUCUGACACAACUAUUAUAUAUCAUGAAGGGAACAGUAUAAAUAGUUGGAAAUUAAUGGAUGGAAAUUAGUAUAAAUACC